CCCUCGCUUAGAGCCUGAUAGCCGCUCCCUGUAGCCGGUUUCCGCCGGUUUCCCUGUAGCCGCCGCUUCCUCUCGGUAUCGUCGCCUCUUCAACGACCGACCGGCGGCUCUUCGCGUCCUUCUCCCCCGGACGGCAACCUCCGCGGCUUCGGUCACCGACUCACAGUCACCGGAUAUAAUUGACACUUGACUCAAAUACAAAAUGAGAUUAGAGAAGUGUUGGUUCUGUUCCUCAACCAUCUAUCCAGGGCAUGGUAUUCAAUUUGUUCGCAAUGAUGCAAAGAUCUUCCGAUUUUGCCGAUCCAAAUGCCAUAAGAACUUUAAAAUGAAGAGAAAUCCUCGCAAGUUGAAAUGGACAAAGGCAUACAGGCGAUUACAUGGGAAGGAUAUGACACAGGAUUCGACCUUUGAGUUGGAGAGGAAACGCAACAGGCCUGAGAGAUAUGAUAGGAAUGUUACAGAGAGCACACUAAAGGCCAUUAAGAAGAUUGACAAAAUCAGAGUGGCUAGAGAGGCUAGACACCAUGCUAUGAGGAUGAAAGGCAAGAAAGCCAUUGAGCAGCAGGCAGCAGCUAAGGAGUUGGAGCAGAGUAUUCAUUUGGUCAAAGCACCUGCUGCCCUCCAAGAGGAUCCUUCCCUCACUCUUCCAAAGAUGAAAAUAAAGGUUUCUCAAUCACAAACGGAGGACCGCAUGGAAGAAUAAUGUGAAUGCAGGCAAACCUCUCACAUGGUGGCAUAGAAAACUCAAUUCAACACCUUCUUAUGCUAUGAUUAGUUUAUUAAGGGUGCCUGCGGUUGGUAAAAUGCAGUCCUUGAUAGGAUGGAACAUUAGAUGGAUUUAUCCGCUUAGCUGAAAUUAUCAUAUCUGUUUUGAUAGCUUGUUGGUUAUUAUUUGUUGUGAUAAAGGAAGCUUCAAGAAGUGAUCAUAUUCGAUAGUACAUUGGACUUGAUGAAAAUAUAUCUGUAUUUUGCAUGUUAUUAAGCAUCGAGAGAAUGGUGGUUCACUGGAUUGCUA